CGGAUUGUCUAUGGUUGGUGUUAUACGUGUGUGUGACGAUAAAAUCUUAAUUUCGAAAUUGCCCAAAGAAAAGUAAAAUAAACCUAUAAAGGAUAAUAUUUAGCCAAUAUACUCGCCAUGGCCCUUACAGUAGACAAGCUGGCUAAUGACGAUAGGUUCUCGGGUGAUAAUGUAUUCCAGUUUCUACUGUAUUUGCCUUUCGGCAUUCUAAUUCUAGCGCUAAGGACGUUACUAGCGUUAAUUUUGUGGGUAGCUUCGAUCUUAUUGCCAAAAAAAUCAGCUGUAGGUCAACUGUUGUCAACACUGGCUUGCUGGACUUUUGGUGUGUAUGUAAAGUUAAAGGGAAAUAGAGACCCCCGGUGUAGUGUGAUGGUGGCCAACUAUGUUUCAUGUCUGGAUUCCCUAGCCACUUCACAUGUGCUCGGCACAAUCAGUUUAAGAAAAUGGAAAGUGCCACCGUUUUUUGCAUCAACGCUUGGAAUAAAGAAUGCUGCACAGUUUGUUAGAAAACAACACUUCGCGGAGUCUCCCAGUAGACCGGUGUUGCUGCAGCCGGAGGGAGGCCCGACCAAUGGCAGGGGACUGCUGAAGUUCACCGACUGGCCCUUCCCAAUCGGAAACCGUGUCCAGCCCGUCAGUAUAAAGGUAGAACGGAUGUAUACGAACGUGACAGUACACCGCCCCGGAGACACCAGGGACAAGUUCCCCUGGAGCGACGCUCUAUGGUUCCUCUGGACCCCGCUGACUGUAUUCACGAUACAGUUACUACCAGCCAUGGAAAGAGGGGACGACGAUGAUGCGGCAUUCGUGCAGAGAUUAAGACAGUCCAUUGCGGGAUCUCUUGGGGUGGAGAUGCUGGAGUUCCGCUGGGAGCAAGUGAACAGCAGCGGCGCGUGGCGCGCGCGCGCGAGCGCGGCCGAGCUCCGACGCGGCGCCGCGCGCGUGCGCGACGUGCUGCCGCGCGUGCCGCUGCGCGACGUGCUCGCCGACCUCGCUGUAACGCAAAGCGUCGACGUGACGAUCACGAACUUCCUGGAGGGGAUCACCCCCUACACCCCCGAGCGCGCGGAUACCCCCCCUCCCGGCCCCAGCUCCCCCCCGCCCCCCAAGUACGUCACCCCCGUCCCCACGGGGGUGUUCCCAAAGAGCGCCAAAGAGAGGCAACUCAGCUUUCAAGAAAGAAAAGCGCAGAUGAUAGCGGAAGCGAGAAGGAAGUAUAUAGAGAAACAUGGAUUGAAUCUGGCCUGAAAUUGAGACUUACCAAUGAUGAGAACCUCGGCGCUGCAGCCCAUCUCAGCGGAGACAAUGAGCAUGUGGCACUGAGGGGGGUCGAGCGGGAACUCCGCCAUCUGCCGGCCGAGCGGGGUCAGGGCUCCCGUGCCGUCCAGGGCGCC